AUGGCCAGACUGGUGCAAGCUGACAGGAAGGCUAUGGUGAUUCUUAACAGCUCUGCUCAACCAUGCAUUUCCGCCGUGUUUGGAGCUGCAGACCCUGGAGCACCGCGCGCGAGCUCUGUCCUGCUGCGCGUGCCCGUGCGCAAAGGCCUCGCGCGCGCUCCCGCGGCACACGGUCCGCACGUUCGGAAACCGAGAGCCACCGGCAGAGUUAAUUUUGUUGACAUGGUGGAUAACCUCCGCGGCAAGUCAGGACAGGGCUACUACGUGGAGAUGGCGGUAGGAACGCCGCCUCAGAAGUUGAACAUCCUGGUUGAUACGGGGAGCAGUAAUUUUGCAGUUGGAGCUGCAGCUCACCCGUUCCUGCGUCGAUACUACCAUCGCUCUCUAUCUGUGUCAUAUAAGGACCUGGGCCAAGGUGUGUAUGUGCCGUACACACAAGGGCGCUGGGAAGGUGAGCUGGGCACAGAUGUAGUAUCGGUCCCCCACGGUCCCAAUGUCACACUGAGGGCCAACAUCGCCGCCAUCACCCAAUCAGAUCGCUUCUUUAUCAACGGCUCUAACUGGGAGGGUAUCCUGGGGCUGGCCUAUGCUGAGAUCGCCAGGCCUGAUGAGAAUCUCGAGCCCUUCUUUGACUCUCUGGUGAGGCAGACGAGUGUUCCCGACCUGUUCUCCCUCCAGCUCUGUGGAGCGGGUUUCACUCAGAACUACAGCCUGGGCAGUGCCACAGUGGGAGGCAGUAUGAUCAUUGGAGGAAUUGACUCUUCGCUUUACGUUGGAGAGUUGUGGUACACUCCGAUUCGCCGUGAAUGGUAUUAUGAGGUCAUCAUUGUUCGCAUCGAAGUCAACGGACAAGAUCUCAACAUGGACUGCAAAGAGUAUAAUUAUGAUAAGAGCAUCGUCGACAGCGGCACCACAAACCUGCGCCUGCCUCGCAAAGUGUUCCAGGCGGCAGUGAAGGCCAUCGAAGCAGCUUCUUCAACGGAGCAGUUUCCUUCAGGCUUCUGGCUGGGUGAGCAGUUAGUCUGUUGGCAGGCUGGCACCACACCCUGGCACAUCUUCCCCGUCAUUUCCCUAUACUUGAUGAGUGAAAACCGGAACCAGUCCUUUCGCAUCUCCAUUCUGCCCCAGCAGUAUCUCAGGCCCGUAGAGGACGUGGCCUCAGCGCAGGAGGACUGCUACAAGUUUGCUGUGUCUCAGUCGAGCACAGGGACUGUCAUGGGUGCUGUCAUCAUGGAGGGAUUCUACGUCGUAUUUGACCGCGAACGUAAACGUAUCGGCUUUGCCGUGAGCACCUGUCACGUUCAUGAUGAGUUCCGCACAGCGUCGGUGGAGGGGCCUUUCCAUGGAGUAGAGCUGGAGGACUGCGGCUACAACGUGCCCCAGACAGACGAGUCCACCCUUAUGACCAUCGCCUAUGUCAUGGCGGGAAUCUGCGCCCUCUUCAUGCUGCCCCUCUGCCUCAUGGUGUGCCAGUGGCGCUUUGCCCGCUGCCUGCACCCACCUGGCUCCGGCGACUUCGCCGAUGACUUAAAUCUCCUGAAAUGAGCCAUUCUUUUACCAUCUUGAGUCACAACCAGGUCACGGCUGGGACCAAGAGUUUGAUAAGAAAGGGGGGUCAGAAAUAAUGUGAUGGUGUACUGUAUAUAGACAAAUGCAUCUAUAUGGCAUGUGAUUAGACUGUUGUGAUAUGGGGAGUUGAAAACCUCCUGUUGGAUGGUCCCAUCUUAUUUAAUCUUUCAAGUGUGGACAGCCAUGUUGAGGCUUCCUAAAUGUAUAAUCUCUAUGACAAGUGUGUAUGUGUGUGUGUGUGUGUGUAUGUGUGACUAAGAGCCCCUAUGAUGUCAUAACCUUUACUAAAACCUGAGAUAAUUAUGUGCAAUUUUUGAUUAUUUGUAAUUUAUAAUGCCAGCCUUUGAAAAGGAACUCACACAUUCACUAACUACACAGAGUACCUGCUAUUAUGAACAUAUUAUAAAAAGCUUAUGAAGAUGAACAUUUAUUUUAAAGGUCUGUUGAUGGAAAUAGCUCAUCUAUGUAAGAAAAAGCUGCUUGUAUUUGCUAUUAUUUCAUUGAUUGUGAAGCUGAAUAGUAGUUUUGUGCUGGCUUAAUGUGUGACAUAUGGGAAUAUAUACGUGCGCACACACACUAAUCUGAUAAUAUUAAUGUAUUUUUCCACAUUCUCACCCAUACAGAAGCACAGACUGGCACAUAUCUAGCGUUCAAAAAGCCCUUAAUCCCUAUAAGAAGGCAUUUGAGAUACAUGCAAAGUUUGGAAUUGCCUAUGCAGUAAAAUAGUAUGUUAUGUAUGUCAAGCUAGCUGCACUCCAGUCAGUGCAAAUCAGGAACAAUUUUUUUUUUUUUUUUACAUGAAUUAUAUUGGACUAUGCUGAAAUACUACAGUAGGAUAAAUAUUUUUUUGGAUUUUGCGUUUUCAUACAAAGCACUAUUCAACAUGUACUGAAUACAAAGUCAAAUCUGACUCUUCUGUGCUUCCUGUUCUGAAAUCUCUAAUAUCAACAGGGCAGAUGGUGAAAACUUUAAAGUAAUUCUUUCUCGCUAGUUUAAAUUAGUUCCUGUCUUGUACAACAUGUUAAUCCACAGUCUCCUUGCCUAAAGCUGGAAACUGUAAUAUCUAAUAAAACUAAAAUUUACAUCUUUACUCUAACCAAUAUGGCUGCCCAUAUUCUCAAUACAGUACUGUGCAAAAGGUUUAGGCACACUAAUUUUUUAAUACAAACUUUGUUAUAGAUUUUAAUUAUAUGACUUCUACAUUAUCAAGUCUGUACAAAAAUAUAUUAGAUUCCCAAACAUUAGUUGUCCAACACAAAAUUAAAUGUUACAGAAAAAUGUGUGUAUGUCAGUAAAGAAAGCAGCAUAUUGCAUAAGAGACGCUUUUCAAACAAAAAACACAAUGAAGGCUGCUGGGUUUUGCUACAAAACUAAGAAGCAAGUGCGACAGUCAAAGUCUCCAGAAGAACCGUGUCUGGUUCUGCAAGAUGCUCAAUAAAACUUACAGCUCAUUUCCUUAUAAAACUGCAUAAAUUGUACCUGAUUUCUGUAUCUUCACAGAAAUAUUCUCUUCGUUUCAUUUAUUAAUCAUGUCUACUGAUUUUUAUAGUAUUUUUUUUAAAUAUAGAAACAUUUAAUUUCAUUAUUUUUUAAGGUAUCUUAUCUACAGCAUUUCUUUGCAUGUGCCUAAGACUUUUGCACAGUACCGUAGAUCACUAUAUUCACAGUGAAAAUAGGAAGAAGAACACAAUAUAGUGAUGAAGCACUAGUGCAACUUAUUCCAUUAAAUUAUUCACCGGAAAAUCUGGCGAGCCAAAGAAAAGCUGAUAUAGUCUGUGUUUAAUAAGCCACUUUCUAAUCAAAUAGUUCAAAUUCACUUCAAUUUUAUUUGUAUAGUACUUUUAACAAUAGAUAAUGUCACAAAACUGCUUUGCAGAAAUCCUUAUUGAGCAAGCUGGUGAGGUUACAGUGAUAGAAGCGAGGUGAUAUUAGCAAGGAAAACAUCCCGAAACAACAUGAGGAAGGAACCUGAUGUGAAACCAGACUCCAAAGGGAACCUGGAUAGGGUGAUUAUAAAUCAUUAAUCUUCUACAACUGCAUACUAUAAAGACCAAGAGUGUGUUUAAAGGAUGUUCAGUAUGAGCAUAUUGUGAUUAAGAGUCCUAGGAUGAGCACAGGACAGUCUUUAGGAUUACACCAGCAAUUAUGGGUACAAACAUACAGUAUUCAGGUGAGAUUAUCCAUUGAAGCAAGCGUGAAACUUGAGCAUAAACUAUUUAUACCACUCAGUUCUGUGAACCAUGUCUAUGUUAUGUGGUCUCAUGCAGCAGUAGUGUUAUGUCUCAUGUAUAAUUGAUUCUAUACAUUUUUCAGUAAUAAAGCAAAUACACUGC